AUGCCUCUAGUAGCACAGUCUCCCACACCAAGGACCAUCCUUGGUCUGAUGACCUUUGGACCAGAUGAAUCGAAAGGAGCUCGGAUCACGUCCCUUGAUGACUUCAACAAGUGCCUGGAUUACUUCCAACAACAGGGUUACAAUGAGGUGGACACUGCACGGGUUUACAUAGAAGGGCAACAAGAGGCUUUCACGGCCCAGGCGAAGUGGAAGGAGCGUGGUUUGACCCUGGCGACAAAAUGGUACCCUAGAACUCCUGGAGAUCACAAGCCUGGCGUUCUCCGUGCAAACCUAGACCUCUCCCUGAAGGAGUUGGGUACCAACCAGGUGGAUAUAUUCUACCUGCAUGCUCCCGAUCGGUCGGUCCCGUUUUCAGAGACACUGGAGGCUGUCAAUGAACUGCAUAAAGAGGGUAAAUUCGUGGAGCUGGGUCUGAGUAAUUAUACGGCGUUUGAGGUUGCGGAGAUUGUCACUCUCUGCAACGAGAGAGGCUGGGUACGUCCGACUAUAUACCAAGCCAUGUACAAUGCCAUUACACGUUCCAUCGAGACCGAAUUGGUCCAUGCCUGUAAGCGCUACGGCAUCGACAUAGUGGUCUAUAACCCGCUUGCUGGUGGGGUAUUCUCCGGAAAAUAUAAAACAAAGGAUAUUCCUGCGGAAGGUCGAUACAGUGACCAAUCCCACUUCGGGACAUUGUACCGCAAGCGUUACUUUAAAGACGCGACAUUUGAAGCGUUGCGAGUCAUUGAACCGGUUGUCGAGAAAUAUGGGUUGACACUGCCUGAGACUGCGUUCCGUUGGAUCCGCCACCAUUCUGCUCUCAACAUCAAAGACAAUGGCCGUGAUGGAAUAGUUGUUGGUGUGAGUAGCCUCGCCCAACUGGAGGCUAACCUCAGAGAUAUCCAGAAAGGCCCGCUGCCGCAGGAAGUUGUUGAUGCUUUGGAUCAAGCAUGGUUGAUUGCAAAGCCAACUACUGCUGAUUAUUGGCAUCUUGAUCUGAAGUAUACCUAUGACACCAAAGAAGCCUUGUUUAAACGCAAAACAGGAGUUUAG